CAAUACUUCUUUAGACUUCAACGGAAUUUCCGCCCUCAGUCUAUACCACCCCCUUGUACGUUUUGCCCUGUUCGUGACAUAUGCAAAAGGCGUGUCUAUUGGGUUCUUUGGAGUUCAGGGGCUGACGAGAUUAUUUAGAACUCGGUUUAUGCAAACUACGGAACUGUGAACCGUAUUGUUCAAAGAAGACGCGCAAAGGAAGUCUACAACUUCUUUAACUUGAUUAUAAUGCCUCUGUUGUCGCUCUCCAUCAGAAGCUAUUCUUCUUUCCUCCUGCUCUUCAUUUCAGUACUUGUCACCGGUACUUAUGGUGAUUGCGGGACUCCUCCUAGACUUACAGAAGCAGCACUGAGACCAAAUAUGAAAGCCAAAACGUAUUUCCUCGAAAAUUCUACAGUUCAAUAUGAAUGUCGGCCUGGCUAUGUUCGUGUUCCUGGAAAACCGAAGGAUACUAACCUGCUUGAGCAACUCCACAUGGGUCAAACCCCUGAGGAAUUCUGUAUAAAGAAACGGUGUCCCAGUCUGUCAGAAAUAGAAAAUGGAUAUUUUGAAGCUAAAGACUUUUUAUUUGGUACCAGAGCAAAUUAUUUCUGUAAUGAAGGGUACAGAAUGAUAUCAAGCAGACCUUAUAGAGAUUGUACAGCUGAUGGAACUUGGAGUAAUGCGGAUCCAGUAUGUGAAGCUGUAAUUUGUUCUCCGCCUGACAACAUACCUGAUGGGUCGUAUAGCCCAGUAAAGGAUGAAUACAGCUAUCAGGAUGCUGUCACAUACAGUUGCAAUAACGAUUUGGCACUUGUUGGCUCAAGUUCUAUAUCGUGUGGAAGUGAUGGUACCUGGAGUUCAGCAGCACCGACAUGCAGAGCUGUAGACUGUCAAGACCCAAAAGUUCCCAAUUCAGAAAAAUUGUCAGGAUUUGUGGGUCCAUACAAAUUAAAUUCCGGUGUGUCAUUCAAAUGUAAGGAUGGUUUCUUCAUGAAAGGAAGUAGCUCCUCUUCUUGCAAUAUUGAUAGUCAGUGGGAUCCGCCAUUACCUGAAUGUCUAGGAACUCCCGUAACAACCAGGCCACCAAUAACAACCAGGCCACCAAUUACAGGGGAUAUCUGCCCAGAUCCAGUUGUUCCUAAUUCAGAGAAAUUGCCAGAAAUUACUGGUCAUUACAGAGAGGGUGAUGUUGUAACAAUCACAUGCAGCGAGGGCUUCAUUCUUGAAGGAUCCAGCACUUCUACCUGCAGAGUUAACCAGUGGAAUCCUCCACUACCUAAAUGUGAAGAAAAAAGAUCCCAUACAGUUGUGAUUGCAGUAAUCAUUGUUGUAGUGCUCUUGAUUAUCAUCAUCAUAGUUGGGGCAAUUUGCUGGAAGAAGAAAUCAGGGAAAAAGUCUGAUACUACCAACGCUCACUACAAAAAUUGUGAGGCGUAGAUACUUCAGAAGAUGGAAGCUAAAGAAAUGUUUUGUCUACUUUGACCUAUAAAGCCUUUUUAAGCUGAGGUUUUGUAGAUCUCUUUCUUUGCAUUACUGUUUAUACGAUGAAAGGAUAUAAUCUAGGCUCGUUGAGCAAGCUGACUUAAUUUAGCUUCCCUUAUCUACCGUGACGUUGCCUUCAACCAAACAGGAUGUCUCUCGUGACAUUCAGACUGUAUUCGCAUGCAGAUCUGACGCCCGAAGAGCAACUGUUACUAAGCUUUAUUACUUAACACCUAUGUAUAGUAACUAUUUGACUUGAUUGCAAAAACCAAUGUAAUUGUUUUUGAGCCACUGAGAAAAAAAAUUAGCUUUUGCCACUUUAAACUACCCCAGAGAUGAUUUUGUAGCAUAUUUGGUGCCAGUCAAUAAUUAAAGACAUACAAAUGUGCGCUGUAGUGCUAAUGUGUCCACACACAGAUGCUACUCAGAGCCCUGAUAUUAUAUACAUGAGUAAAGUAGAUAGAAAUUUGCUAGAAGGGAUGGAAUUACUAAACCAUCUACUACAAACACAAUGGGCUAGAUUACAAGUGGAGUGGUAUUUAGCACUUAUGCAUUAGCGCAAACAUCAACAGAAGUAUGCAGGCGUGCAAACAAAACCCGACAAUUGCGUUAAUUUCUAAUGGAGAACAUUUUUUGGGGGGUGGGGGGGGCAACUAACAUAUCGCUCACCCAACCACUUUUGACCAACUGCACACAACCCAACGUUAGUAAUAAAUAUUUUACAUUCCAAUGUUCUUCACAUAGAAGUGCUCUUUUUAUUUAUAUAUAUAUAUAUGUACGUGUGUGUGUGUAUAUAUAUAUAUAUAUAUACACACACAGUGAAUAAAUGAUAUUGUUAUUGAUCGGAGAGUGCCUUUGUGUAUAUGUACUAUGAGCACCUCGGAAGAUGCCUCUAUAAAUGUUGCAGAGUGCCAGCCCUAUGAAAAAGGUUUUAAAUCCCCGGUAGUAAAGAGCACUCAAAUAAUACCAGGGUGCAACGGUUCGAAAUAAUAUCAUGCAUAAAAUGAUUGCACUCUGGAUUUGACAUUCACUCCAAAAAUGUAAUGUGACGUUACUUGGCCUUCACCCCUUCCUCAGAUAUAUAGGUGUAGAUAUAUACAGAUAUAUAUAGGAAUGUAUAUUUAAAAAUACUAAGGACAUUUUCUAUUAUGUGAAGAACAUUGAAAUGUAAAAUAUUUACUGUAAAUACACAGUAAAAAACAUUAAUAAAUAUUAAAAUUGAAUAAAAAAAGAUUUUUCAUGUUCUGAGGUAUUUGGGUAGAGAGAGCUCCAAAGUGUGUGGUGUGUUUAUGUAUGUAUAAAUAAAAAAAAUAAUAUAUAUAUAUAUAUAUAUAUAUAUAUAUAUAUAUAUAUAUAUAUACACAUGUAUGCACAUAUUUGCACACACACACACACAUAUAUAUAUAUAUAUACUCUAUAGCCCUUUCAGUUCAAACAUCUUGUUAAAUAUUAUUAAACCCUUCGAACUUCAAAUGAAUAAUUUGUGUGUAUAUAUAUAUAUAUAUAACCCUAAUCCUUUACGUGAGGUCUUCACUUGCAUUAACCCGAGAAGCUCAAAUGUAGAUUGUGCUUGACGCUUUGCGUUUACUUUCAGCGUAUAAUAUGAGCGCAAGUUAACAGGGGCGCAAUUAUGCAAUAUUGUGCUAAAGUUAGCACUCUGCUUGUAAUCUAGUCCAAUAUGUCUUCUGCUUUAUGAUCAUUGUGCUUUUCCACCUCUUGUAUCCUUUAAAGGGCUUUAUAGGACACAUCCCAUUAUAGUAAUUCAAACCUUUUUCAGUUCCUCCCCACCUGUUAAUGUGUUUAUAGUGAGUGCCCAGAGUAGAAUACAGUUUUGAUACCACGUUUUUUGUAUGUUGUCAAGUGGUUCAGUUAUAUGACCACAUCUGUCUGUGGAUACGUUAGUGCACUCAGGAAGUACUGACAAAUGCAAAGUCUGUGCUAAAUCACACUGGCCUUUAUUACUACUACUGGACACAAUAAUGUUAUUUUACCACCGCAUCAAGCUACACGUUUUCCUGGUAUGCAAAGGGUAACGCAAAGUGUGCUGUUUAUUUAAUGUUUUUUUGUUAAUAGUAAUUUACUUUAUUUAUUAAAGGUUUUGAUGAAGCAGUGUAAAGAACACACACAACUUAUGUGCAUCACAUACAAGGAACAUACAAUAUAAUGGGAUAUGGAAAGUACAUCUUAAAAUAUGAGUAUGAGAAAAAAAGCAUUUAAAAAGUCAGUUAUAAGCAGCUUUUCCAAAUCUUAGAGAUAUAUAUAGUAUCUCAUUUGCUUGGCCACUUAGAGAACAUACUGUUUGUGUGCGUAUAUAUGUGUGUGUGUAUAUAUAUAUAUAUAUAUAUAUAUAUAUAUAUAACUGCAGAGGGGAAGGAGUUUGCCAUUAAGCCUUGAGCUGUACAGCACUCGCUACCUCAUCACGUCUAUUACCAAAGCAAGAGCUACAUCGGAGUGCUGCUUAUCGUUAGAGAUAUUUAAUCGCUUUACCUUUGCAGUUCACAUAUAACACACUUAUAAUGUGUGUGUGUGUAUCUAAAUGCACACACACACUUCUGUUCCUGUUGCAAUACUCAUUCAUAUCAGUUUAUCUCUUUAAAGAAGGGUGUGGAUGUCCGUUCCUCUUUUCAACAGCUGCAUCUGCAGCAAUUGAAAAAAAAAAAAUUGCUGUUACGUGCCAGAAAUGAAAUUUAAAUGAAUGUAUUUUUUUUUGAGCAAUGUUUUGUUUUUGCUGCCAAGCAGUUGGGCAGGACAGUACAAGAGCUCAAGUAUGAAGAUUUUUUUUAUGAUUUUAAAAUCAAACUAUACUUGUUUGUUUUAUUCCAUUUUAGUUGAUUUGUGUAAAUAAAAUUAAAAAAGUUGCAAUUAUGUAAUUUAAAAGUCUAACCCCUUACGCCAUUAGGAUGUACCAUGCCAUCCUAACCCGUUGGGCUUUAAUGCUGUUAGGACAGCAUGAAACGUUCUACCUUAUACGGCGUCCUGCAGCUUCCCCGUAUGACAACAUCAAGAAUCGGGCGAUCCUGGCCUUGAAAUCGCGUGAUAAUUUUUUUACUAAUAGUGUUCACAUCGGUAUUGUACAGGCAUGAAGGGGUUAAGAGGCCUACAUUUUUAUCCUGCUGUCUUUAUUAGGCAAUAGUAUUGUAGCCUUAGUUUGAUUUGUUAAAAAUGCCAAUGUUUUUUCAAUGCACCUUGCAAAUAAAUUUUGGUUAAAAGAUUGUAAAUGUAAAAAAUAAAACAAGUUGACAACA